AUGACACUCCUGGACCCUGUGUGCUUCCUGCUCCAGAUGCCGGACACAGCCUACAACACGACCUACCGAAUUCCGCCGCACUGGGCGGCUCUACUGUUGCGAGCCUUCAUCGUGUCUGAGCCGCACAUUGCGAACUGUCUCGCCCGAAAUUCGUGGAUGAACCAAGUGCAGCUGCACAAAGAAGAGUUGAGUGAAACGCCCACGCUCGUGGUCCUCUGUGGCUUGGACGGCCUCAUCCCGGCACACUCUGUACGCUUGUACCUGGAAGACGAGGACGCGACUGAUCUUGCUCGGCUUCGGCCCAAAUUAUCCAGUGCUACUUCUAGUGCAGCUGCCAGGGAAGAUCAUUCAAGAGCUGCACAAGAUGAAGUAGGUACAAGACCUACCAACGCUGAGGGACCCGUGAAACCGUCUCUACUCAAGGUACUGUGGUUUGCUAAUAUGGGGCACGCCGAGUGGGUUGGUUUUGGAGACCCUUUCACUCGCAAAACAACUGCUUUGCAGGCCAGGCAGCAAAUUUUCCGCCAUAUAAAAGAGCUCGAAUGCGAAAACAACCAUCCGCGACAGACAAGACACUGAUUGUGAUUUGGCAUUCACCAAUGCGUAUGCAGCUAGAAGCACCCGCAUUCGCUAUCUUCCAAGUGGAGCAAUUGCCAAUUGGAAUGGCGGUGACUACAGUAUUAAGCAUCAGAGUCACUCUUGCCGCAUGUGCUUCCUAACAAUAGACAACAUCCGAUCGCAUUUGUGAAAAACAUCUGGGUUGGAGAAAAAAGUAUGAAAUUUUCCAGUACAUAAUGAAGCGCAUGAUUAUAUUUA